AUGGCUAACAGGGGUAAUUCUCAGGCACCUCAUGCAGUGCAAGGUGGUCCUCAAACUCCCACCAUGCCUUGCAUCCCUCAAGCCAUAGCUCAAUUAUUUUCUGCUAUCAAAACCUUUUAUUUACAAUGCAGGCCAGCGGCUUCCAGUGCUUCCACACCUGUGGCGGCCUCACAGGAUUGUAUUCUGGACACCCUUCCCAGUGAGCAGGCCCAUUCGGGUCCAUCAACUUCUGCCUCCAGUACAGCGCAAUCCGGCAGCGGGUCAGGCAACCGGCCUCAUACACCUUCCCAGUCUUCACAUGCUCAGAAGUCAAAGUCCGGCGCCGCAAAACCCAGUGUUUCUGGUGCCAGCUCCAAAUCAACAAGGCCUGGUCGCUCCACUACCAACCAGCAGGUAAUCAAUAUGCCUAGUAUUUUUCAGGAAUCACCAUCUCAGCCCAUUCCUUCGGAGGGCGCGUCAGGUUCUUCUUCAGAGGAAGAGGUACCUCCUCAGCAAUCAACACCAGCAUCCACUGACCCAGCCCCAGAGGUCAGUGGAAUCCAAGGGGGAAAGAGAAAGGCUAAGAAGAAGCACAUCUCUAAGAAGAGUAAUAGAAGCGAGCCUUCUGAUUCCGAAGACGAAACAGGUACCUCUUCAUCAGAUUAUGAUAGCGAUGCCACCAUGGAGAGCUACUGGGGUGAGGGUGAGGAUUUGGCUGGGGUCCCACUUUGGGUGCACGAGAGAAGGGCCAAUUCACACGGGAAAACAUUUAACGGAACCUUGGAGUGGAAGGGGGGUGCACUGGUGGAAGAUGUAAAAACUUCCACUAACGUGUCUACCAACUUCAUCUUAGGUAAUCACCUUUCUAAAUGA